UUAGACAAGGAUGAGCGAGGAGCCAGGAAGUUACAGAUAAUUAAACACCGAGUUUAAGUAUACUCUUCAUCAAUUGUUGUAUCGUAAAUUUUAUACCUAUAAAUAACUACUCAGCCUGUGUGUGUUGAGUCUCUUUGACUGCCGUAGUUUUCCUGUAAGAGCGAAACCUGUCCCGCCUAACGUCACUGUCUCAUCCCGCCGUUGUAGUCCCAGACCUAAAACGAGGAUGUGAGUUAGGUGAAGAUGAAACCUAAGGAGUGGGAACUACUUUGCUACGGUAGAUAUUCGUGCUGACAACCAGAUAAGAAUCCACUGGGGACAUAAAUGAGGAGACACACACCGAGCCAGAUAUGUUGCUGUUCCUAUCCUUGUUGAUCUGCUGUGUGCCACUAGGGGGCGACACCUCGCCAAUCAGCUGCUACAAUGACCAAGGAGAUGCAGUUGAUUGGUUUUAUAUGUACAAGCUGCCUAAAGAACAUGAACAGGGUGAGAUGUAUUUACUGCUGGAAAAAGGGAGUGAAGGAUGGACUAAUGGGAAGGGGACAGUGAAUGACACCACGGGAGCUCUGGGAAGGACAGUCGGACAACUGUACUCACAAGGAAAGAACACAGAGCUAGCGUAUAUCCUUUACAAUGACCAGAGGCCACCUGUGGAGUUUGGUGACAGAUGGGUUGACAACAGUGGAAGCAGAGGGGGGCACACAAAAGGUGUUGUCCUGCUGGAUAAAAAUCAGGGCUUCUGGUUGGUUCACAGCACCCCUCACUUCCCCCCGGUACAACAGGCAGGAGAGUAUUAUUACCCCAGCACCGGUGUGCCCAACGGACAAAACUUUAUCUGUGUUACUUACCCGCUCGACCGCUUCCAGACCAUCGGAGAGCAGCUUCAGAUCAAUCAGCCUAAUGUGUACGACUGCGAUGUCCCUGAGUCCUUGGCAUCUCUGGUUCCCGCGCUGGCCGCUGUCUGUAAGAAAAAACAUCUGUCUGGUCACAUCUCUCCACAUAUCAUACCUGUGUCCAAUCGCAGCAUGACUCUGACCUCAAAGGAUGGCACCAACUUCAUCAGCUUUGCCAAAGGAGCCUCUUUUGAUAAUGACCUGUACCACUCCUGGGUGGCCCCCACCCUCCAGUCAGACCUCCUGGUCCAGUUCUGGGUUCGCUCCACUGGCAUCCUUCCCUCUGACUGCUCCCUGGGCUGGAAAGUCUUGGACAUCACGCUCAUCAACCCGGGGCAGACGUUCACCUUCAAGGCCAGCCAAGACCACUCCAAGUGGGCUGUCAGCCCCAAGGAGGCUGGGUCAGGGGACGGAGGAGGCUGGGUGUGUGUGGGAGACAUAAACCGGAACGAGGCGGAGGAGAAGCGGGGCGGCGGCACGGUGUGUCUGCAGGACCCAGUGGUGUGGAAGGCUUACCGGACGGCAGCACUGGAGUGUGAGGCUUGUGGAGGAGGAACGAUCCAGUGUUGACACCCUUCUGGAGCCAUGUGGACCAACUGGGGUUAAGGAAACGCCGAUAAUAUCUGGCAUGUAGGUUUGAACACAUUUGCUACAUUAUAAUAUUUCUUUUAAUCUCUCGUAAAAUCAAAUUGAAGUGACCCAGGAAUUCAGCAAUAUCUUAAAUGAAAAAAGAAAACUUUUUGGCAGAAAAUAGUAUGUUCAUAUAGUCCCCUAUCGCUCACAGUAAGAAACUGAUUGAGAAAAUAUGUUUUCGGGUCCUUUAAGGCACAAAAACCAUUUCACUUGUUCAGAAUGAUUAUCGGCUGUAAUCAAGGGCUGUUACAUCACCCUCUUCAAACUAAAUGCAUACAGAACAAUGCUGGAGGAGUAGAAGUAGGGAAAUGUGACAGGGAGCACAGGGUGUUAUAGAAAAUAUGGUGUUCAUUUUGAAAAAUACAAAAGCCUCAAAGUGGUACUUCAAAUGAAAGCAUUUGUUCGAGUGUCUUUAUAACUACUGGGUUCUGUUUUAAUUGAAACUGAUGAAACGAUGUUGCAAACUGUAAAAGUGCUGCCUAGCUACCUUGGACUUUUUCUUUUAAAACCAACAUUAUCUGGUUUGUAGGUUUGUUCUCAGGGAGCUCGCCAAGCUUUAAAAUGUAUGAAAACUAAUUUUUAAUGGAAUUUUUAAUGUAUGAACAUUGUGGGAUUAAUUCAGCACACGCACACAUUUCACUGACAACAUUAAACUACAGACACUGACAACAUUCAGGUGCGAGGAAUG